AGGUGUCUUUAGUAUGCACCUGUUUAGUUAUUUGUUUACCAUUCAUCAUGUUUGCGCCGCUGGUGUUAAUUUUUUGUGUUGGAUUUGCGACGGCUUUUCCAGCGAUUUCCAUCAGUCGGGAGGAACUUGCGCGGUUUGUUCAAAAUCCAGCAACAGCUUACAUAUUAACGUACAACAGAAACGAUGAUCCUUCGAGAGGUUACGAAUAUGAAGUUGACCAGAGCGAUGGUCAAAGGAAAUACGAACAAGCUCAAGUAGUAAACGCCGGCACCGAUCAAGAGUCGAUUGCUGUUAAAGGAUUUUUCUCCUAUCUAGGACCUGAUGGCAUAAUCUAUACGGUCGGAUAUACAGCAGACGAGAACGGUUUUCAAGCCGAGGGUGAACAUUUGAACAAUUCGGCGAACGCGAAGAGAAGAACACCCCAGUUGGGAAUCCCCUCAGCAGCAGUUGCUUCUCUCGCGGGUGGAGGUUUAGGGAAAUAACACCACGAAAUAUGGUAAUCAUGAACGAUUAACGGGACAACAUUAAGUACAAUUAAUUAAAAAGAAAAAAACGGUUAAUUACACCUCUUUAGUGAGCAAUUCUUCUUAUAACUCGUAACGAAAUAGAUGAUGUUUCGAAGGAAGAUUUAACAUCGCACUGUUGAGUUUAUUAAAGGUUUUCGUACAUUAAUAUAGUGUUUUUUACUUGUCAGUUACAUUUGCAUGUAAUUUCGUUCCAUUUGUGUAUAUAUUUUAUUUAAAUGUUAUAUUAUU